UUUCUCCUCCCCUUUACAGACAAGCUUUAACGCCCUGUGGAUUCACAGGUGCCUUUCAACUCACAUCAGCCUGAAUGAGAGCAGUUUGGGGCAUCUGUUGAGGAGGAACAGUCUUUUUUAGAUGCUUUUUUACAGCCUUUGCGGAUAACGGUUCUGCUGGGCUGGCCACAUUUCUAACAUUAGCACUAAAUGAGCAGUGUGGUUAUACUACCAGUCCUACAAUAUCUACAAGUGUAAAAACCUGUGUGAUUUGUCAUUCAGCUGUUGUCGACAGGAAGCCACUAACAGCAGCCAACUGACAACACCAAGAAGAAUUAGGGUUUCUCUUUCUACGUGCUGUAAGGAUUAAAGCUUAUCAAGGAGAGCUUAAGCUCUGAAGUUCACACCCUACAAGAGCUUAUUACACUCUGGUAGACAACUUGGACCAAGUGGGCUAUGAUUUAAUCUGACAAAGGAGCAGCCAGGAUGGGGUUGAUCGGGAGCAAAAACCAGCUGAUGUCCAAUGAGAAAUUUACAUCAGGAAGCAAUGCGAAAAACAGGAGUAGACCUCCUCCUGCCCCACCCAAAGGCAGACAAUUUAUCAGCCUCUCUCAUCUAAACCAAGCCUCUGCACAAGAUGACAUCAUUGUGAUUGCACUGUAUGACUUUGCUGCUUCAAGUGACCGUGAUCUGGAGCUGGUCAAGGGGGAGAAACUUCAGAUCCUCUCCAACGAGGGGGACUGGUGGCUGGCCAAAUCCCUCCGAAGUGGGAAGAAAGGCUACAUCCCCAGCAACUUCGUUGCACUAGUAGACAGCCUGGAACAGGAAAAGUGGUUUUUUAAAACUCUGAGCAGAAAAGAUGCUGAACGGCUGCUGUUGUCUUCUGGUAACAAAAUUGGCUCCUUCCUUGUUCGAGAGAGUGAGACCAGCACAGGUGCCUAUUCCUUGUCUGUGAGAGACAGUGAUUCUGCUCAUGGGGACAUCAUCAAACACUACAGGAUCCGCUCCUUAGACGGUGGAGGUUAUUACAUCUCCCCAAGGAUGACUUUUGCCACCCUGCCAGAGCUAAUCCAUCAUUACAGCCAGAGGGGAGAUGGUCUGUGCCAGAGGCUCAUAGCUCCCUGCACAUCUCUGGCUCCCCAGAGGCCCUGGGCACAGGAUGAGUGGGAGAUCCCACGGGAGUCUCUGAAACUCGUGAAGAAGCUUGGCAGCGGGCAGUUUGGGGAAGUGUGGAUGGGCUACUACAAGAACAACUUCAAGGUGGCUGUGAAGACCAUGAAGGAGGGCAGCAUGGAUCCCAAUGCUUUCUUGGCAGAAGCAAACUUGAUGAAGAAGCUCCAGCAUAAUAAGCUGGUCCGGCUCUAUGCUGUAGUCACAAAGCAGCCAAUUUACAUCGUGACAGAGUACAUGGCCAAUGGGUGUUUGCUGGAUUAUUUGAAGACAGAGGAAGGAAGCCAACUGAAUCUCCCCAAACUCAUCGAUAUGUCUGCUCAGGUGGCAGAGGGAAUGGCAUACAUUGAGAGAAUGAACUCCAUCCACCGUGACUUGAGAGCUGCUAACAUCCUUGUCUCAGAGACACUCUGCUGCAAAAUUGCUGAUUUUGGCUUGGCCAGGAUCAUCGAGGAUGAAUACUUGGCACAAGAAGGAGCCAAAUUCCCGAUCAAAUGGACAGCACCAGAAGCCAUUAACUUUGGAAUUUUCACCAUCAAGUCUGACGUGUGGUCUUUUGGGAUCCUCUUAACUGAAAUCAUAACCUACGGCAGGAUCCCUUAUCCAGGGAUGACCAACCCUGAGGUGAUUCGCAACCUGGAGCAGGGUUACCGCAUGCCCUGCCCAGAUAUGUGUCCAGCUGAGCUCUACAGCAUCAUCCUGAGAUGCUGGCGAAACAAACCUGAGGAGCGCCCGACCUUUGAGUACCUGCAGUCCGUCCUUGAGGACUUUUACACGGCCACAGAGAAGCAGUAUGAGGCAGAGCCUCAGCCGUAAGCCACCGGCACCUGGGGACAGAGGAAAGCCACCAUCCUGCACAGGUUGGUGAUGGCUCUUGCCACGAUCUCCCUUUCUCCUGUGUGCUGCCACGAUGGAUUUGGGGAUGGGGAGAAAGGAGGGAUGUGGAUGGUGUCACAGCUCCCCAGCUUCCCCCAGGAAGAGGGGAUCACUGCCUGGAGGGUGGCAUGGGGCUGCAUGCAAUGCCACUGUCCCCUCCACACCGCAGGGAGGUGUCCUCUCUGCACCUCCUGGGGCCUCAUCAGGCCUCCGAGCUCUGGAGUCAUUCCUGCCUGGGUUGUCAACCCUGAAUCCUUAAUAAAGAACCGGAGAGACCAUU